AUGACUAUAUUUGUGUGUAAAUUCCCUUUGAUUCAUGUGCUUAUCAUUGUUAAGCGUCCCCUGGGGACAAAUAUAUAGCUGUUUGAGUGAGUUGAACCUCUCUUAAUGUUCUAUGUGUUUUCUACUGUGUGUGGAUUUUGGGCCAUCUAAUUACCGUGUAAUGCAUCGUGGGAUUAAAAAUUAAAAGCUUGUACCAGUAGGGCUAGCUACAGCAUGCGGGUGCAGGCGAAACUAUUUUGGUUGCACAACUGGUUGGAUUAUCAAAUUCAACACUAAUGAGCACGUGCAUUUGUACUAUGAAUUUAGUUCUUUAGUCAAAGUAAUCAUUACACACAAAAAUAAGGGCCCAAAAUCUACAACUGGAUCAUAGAUUUGCUAGCCAACUCUAUACAAUGUAUAUAUACCUCAACCAAAACAUUUUGUGUUAAAAUAAGACUGGUUUCAUAUUGAAUUCAUUAAUUGAUAUUAUAGAUAUAUUCAUCUUGUUGGCAAGGAUUUGAACCAUAUAUAGGCUCAUAGGGGUUGUACAUGAUGUUCCUGCAGUGUAAAAAAUGCCACUCUUUUUUUUGGUAAGAAAGCAGAGUUAGGUGGCACCAAGAAAGAUAGCAGGGGAAUGCAAUGCAAAUAAAUUACUAGUAAAAGACAAACACUUGGGUCUGGAUACCCAAGUGUGAAAUUCAAUCAAUGAGCUGAUGAGCAGUACUACUACUGGCAAUAGUACUAACAAUGCUAGUAGUAGAAUGCAAUUCCUGGAACAUAAUGUUCCAGUACAGGAGAGUGAUUGCAGAUUGGAGCAGGAGGUGGUGGAAAUGAGGACAGCAAGAAAAAGCAGAACAACAAAUUGAUCAGAUCAGCCAAAACAUAGGAGCAAGUAGUGAGGAUCCUGAGUACUACAUUUCAAAGUCCCAGAAAAAAAUCCAACCAAGAGAAUAUUGAACAAAACAUCAAAGGAACAUCACAAAUUCCAAUCAGCCAUCUGCUGGUGCUUGGUGUUUUGGCAUUGACAAAGCAAAUUUUUUAUUAGACCAUUUAAUGCAAGAUUACAUUCUUUGUUGUGGAAGCUAGCUGCUUUUAUGAAGCCAUGAUAGUAGUAUUAGCCUCUGCUCCUGUGUCAUUCCAAGCUGUGCACAGAAGUUACAAGUGGUGGAGUGGAGUUAUGAUGGUCUUGAUAGUACUAGUAGUACUACCACAAAUCAUUUUAAGUUGCUUAUUGGUGACCUCCUGUCCCUGGUGGCUGGUAGUACUACUAUUUCUUACUGUGGUGGAGGUGGUUCAAGCAGUCUUAGUACUACUAUGUGACAUAGUACUAGUACUUCUAUCAUUUGUAGUCCUAGUCAGUGACAGGCACCACCAGGAGAUGUCUGCUUGUUUUCUUCACUGCUGCUGCUUGUAGUACUGCUAACUACUACUAGUAGUACUAGUACUCCUAGUACUACUAGCUAGCAGAGGAUAGUUCUACUAAUAAUAGUAGCAGCAUUACUGCUUGUGUUACUAUUAAAAGUUCUACUACUAGUACUAGUACUAGUACCAGUUCUAGUACUAGUACUACUACUACGUCACAGUAGAAUGCAACACCAACAACAGGAGGAUAUUGAACAGCACCAGACCAGAAAGCAAUUCUGUUUCAUACAACACAAGCUCUCCUGCUGGCCAACAAUUACUAGUACUAGUAGCAGUAGCUAGUACUACUAGUAAUGUUACUACCAUUCUGUAAGCAGUCUACUACUAGUAGUAUUGUCCAUAGGAUAGUAUCAGAUUGUGGGUAUGGUUCGUACCUAUGACAAAUACAUAUGACACAUAUCUAUGAUUCAUACACACUCUUCAUUCAUGACUCAUUUGAUCCGAUGGAUCUGCAUGAUUGACUUGACUCAUCUGCUGACUCACUCACGUGACUGACUUGACUCAUUCAAUUCACACAUCACUUGAUCUUCAUUCUGAUCAAUUUUAGAUUUCAUAGUUUGUUGAUCAUCCUUGAUAGUAAGAGCAUUGACUCACUUUUCUUCUAGCACUUGAUUUACAUCACUAUUAGAUAGUACUAGUAACUCCCACAGGUUGUUAUGAAACCCUUCCAAUAAAAAUCACCAUCACCUUUACAUCACCAUUAGAUAGUCACUCCCACAACUACUACUAGUAGUAGUACUACUACUAGGAGCGCUAGUAGUACUACUAGUACUAGUAGAUUCUUGUUCUUCCUGGUGACACCACCACCAGCAGUUGCUGGUGGUGGUCUGACCUACUUCUGCUACUAGUAGUACUAGUACUAGUACUAGUACUAGUACUAGUACUAGUACUAGUGACAGGAAUGAGCCAUUAAUUAGUAGUGCAAUAACAAUUCAAAGAGGCAGCUAGUAGUAGUAGUAGUUGCUGUUGUAGUCAAGUUGCUCACUUUUUGCUUGUAUUCAAGCGCGGUUGAAUACUAAAUAAAUAUUAUAUUUGCGCACUAAGAAACACUAGUUAUUUUUUACUAAGUCCGGGACCAUGAUGGAGUACAUACCCUUGGGUACAUGAAUACAGUAUUCAGAAAUUGUAUUCUGGUCUCCAAAAAUUGUAUUCAGGACCGCAGCCGGGUUGUACCCAAUUUUGUCCACAAUACUGCUUGUUGUUUGGCUGAACCAGAAUACAACUCCAAACCCAAAAAUUGAGCAGAGUACAAAAAUGUAAGUACUCCUGGGAAAUGUUCCUACCAAUGAGGUACAUACUCUAACAAAUUUAUGUUUUCAACUGAGUUGAAUUUUGUGUUGUUUUUAUUUUAGGAUGAUACUCCCUUUUGCAAUCAUGCUAUUUCUUCUCUAGUAAAAGCAAAAUACUCUUCAUCAAAAACAACCCUUUAUGUACAAAUGUACMUAAUUUAUACGUAAAAUAAAGGCAAAGAACAGUGAUUUUGUUUUGAUAACAUGGUAAACUUCAUAAAAGAUGUAUCAUGGUUAGGACCAGGAGCAAUAAGAAUAAGGCAAGAACACCACCUGCUGUAUUAUUGAUGAGAUCGACGCCGCGGAGAAAGGGGGCCAAAGCAGAAGCUUGACACAAGCAGAAAGCAGCUGACACACGGAAAGAUCAUGGGGCCUGGCCAGAAUAUGCUCACAAAUUUGAAGAGGACAAAGAAACUCAGGAAUCCACAAUUGUGAAGAAGGAGUUAUUUGCUGCUUGUAACAGAUGGGGGAGAGAUGUAUCCUUUUGUCUGGAUAGAACACCCAUUGAUGUUGACAACCAGCAGCAAACACCCUCUUCUACCAUUCUACUGGAUGAACCAUCAGCUCUUCUUGGAAAUGAGUUACAGUGGAACUCGCUCCUCCCCCCAUUGCUGCACCAUUUCCUCCAGCAGCCGCUCCACCACCAUCAACCGUUGUAAGGAAUCCAUAUGCAAAGAGAUACAAGACUACUAGUACUAAGAACAACACUCGCUAACCACCACCUCCCUCACCCCUUGUUGGUGAUGCAACGUUGUUGGCCCUGCUGCCUCUGCACAACGAGCCCCCACCAGCAGCAGCACCACCACCACCAGCCAUAACAAUUAACAAACAAGUAAAGGAUCCUCCUCCAACGGCAGCACCGCCUGCGAAAGAUCCUCCUCCCCAACAGCAGCACAAUAAAGAACAAGACACAAAUAACGAAACGGCAGAAGACUUGCUCCUUAAGUAUGCUAAGACCAUUCAAAACAAUGCCAACACAUUCAAUACACUAGGAAGUGAUGAAUAUCAAGAUGCAGAGGCGAAUACAAAGAAGUAUGCAAAGACUAUCAGGAAUACUCAUCAAAAGUUUGUGGAGAUCAUUACUAAGAAUGCCACUAAUCCAGUCACCAAUGAUCCAGGAGACAAAUUCAUGUAUGAGAUGUUCACUAAGAAGGUACUGAUGGAAAAUGAACUAACUGAAGAUUAUCUAUUUUGGAGAAAAGAAUGCAGUUAGCAAGGAAAUGAUGGGUAGAGCUCUCAAAGUUUGGGCCAAGCACUUGAAGAACACUAAGACUGCUGGGGGCCGUUGGACACCAGCACCAUGAGUGUAAGGAUCAGACAGCUCUUUGUUGCUCUUCACAAGCAUGGCGUCCAGUUCUGUGAAGGAGAUUUCAAAGGAAAAGGGGGCUUUAUUCCUUUCAUCAAGCAUGAUUAUAACAGCAAGAAAAAGAAUGAUCCUUCCAUCAGAACCAAGCGGACUAAGGCUGAGUUUGAUGAGUUUGUUGAUGAAAAGUUUAAUAAGGUGUUAACUGAUGGUACCUACAAGCCUUAUGAGAAUAUGCACAACUUGGUGAAGCUUCUUGCAAUGGAACUUGGAAGACAGUUUGGAAUAAGGGGAGGGACUGAGCUAGUUGGUCUAAUGUGGACACACGUUCAUAUGGGAACCUUCAAAAAUGGAGCCAUGAGUGGACUGAAGUACGUAAUUAUUACCCCAGGAGGAGGCUUUGACAAGUCACACCAGCUGUUUCUUAAGAAUCCAACUGCAACAAAACAGUUUCCAUCAGUUGUUGAAGAUCCAGAGAAUCCAAACUGUGUUGUAAAGCUCAUCUUCUUCUAUAAAGAGAGGUGUGAUCCUAAGCAAGAAAGGCUCCUUUGCCACCCAAACUUGAAGCGGAACAAGAAGAAGAACCAUCCUAAUCCUUAUUAUUUCAAGACCAACUCCCCUGUUGGAAUCAAUGUGAUUAGGGGCUGGGUCAAAGAGUUUGCUGAAGUUUCAGAUUUCAAGGAUUGGGAAAAGUAUACUCCCCAUGAUAACAGGCACAGAUGCUGCACUAUCCUUGAGUCAAAUCUUGCUGUUCCUGAAAAGAUGAGGAUGAAUAAUCUUAGACACAAAAGUGCUAAGUCAGCGGAGCCUUACAUCCAUCAAAAUUCUGUUAUUCAAAGAACUGUACAAGUUGUCCUUCAAUGUGGCCUUCAUGGAGUGAAGAACAAGCCUCCAGCAGGUGAAGCCAUCAUUCAAUGGCAAACAGAGAAGCCUCCUUCUUCCUCAUGUGGACCGGCGCCCCAAACCAAUAAAGUAGUCGUAGCAGGAGAAGUAAUUAAUGCUGGCACUGGUACUAGUAAGAAGCUGCUCUCACCUGUUGGUUUUGCUGCCGAUUGGUGCAAGGAAAGAAGCUGCAAAAAGAAAGAAUGAAUCUGAAGAGUUUGAGCGGGCAGCCAAGAACAUCCAUUGCCAGCUAGAAGAAGCCCAGCAGAAGAUUGCAGAUCUACACAAGGAGAUUGAAUCCCUGAAUGUAGACUUGCAGAAGAAGAUGCUAUCAGAGAAGAUUCAGGAGGCAAAGGAUUUGUACAAGAAGAAGAAGGAGCUUGUUGCAUGGGAAAGAGAAAGAAGAUCCCAGCUUGAGAGUGAGCUGAAGAUGUCCCAGCAACUGAAGGAACUUGAGGAGGCGUUGUUAUGUGAAUGAUCACCCUCAUGACAGGUCUAUUUUGUCAACUGUGCAUAAUUGUUUUCUCCUUAAAAGGAGAGUUUUCCAGAAUACGGAUCAGAAUACAUAUGGACUACAUGUACGGCAUGAGUAGCUCGCCGAUUAUGUUAUCAUAUAAUCGACCACUUGCUGGAUUUUAGCAUGUAAUCACACGUGCUGGAUUACAAAAAGAAUACAUGCAAUUGCAUGGUAUUAAACCCUAGUUAUUUUUACUUAAAUCCCACACCUUGAUGAAUUACAAACCUGCAAAACGGAGUACAUGCAAUCCAAAAUUGUAUUCAGCCCUCUCCUAUGACAGAGCCUUAUUUUUUACUACUGGAUAAUGCUAGUAGUCAGGCUGCACCUGAAUACAACUCCGAAACCAUUUUUUUCAGUUGAGUACACACUCUAAGUAAUUUUUGUUUUCAAGCGUGAUUACAUGCAGAAAAUCCAACCAACUGGUCAAUUAUGUAAAUAAUCAACGAGCUGCUUUCCUUAAGUAAUCUAACUUCAGCCUCGGACGCGAGCUCCGCUCUUGUCCUCAUCUUCAGUUAGAUUACUUUGUGUAAUCCAUAUGUGUUCUGAUCACAGCAGCUUGCUGAUUAUUUACGUAAUUGACCAGUUGGUUGGAUUUUCUGCUUGUUGGGGUUGGGGUUGGUGGGGUCUGUCAUAGGAGAGCGCUGAAUACAAUUUUGGAUUACUACUAAUAGUACAUGUAGUAGUACUCCGUUUUGCAGGUUUGUAAUCCAUCGAGGUGUGGGAUUUAAGUAAAAAAUAAGUAGGGUUUAAUACCAUGCAAUUACAUGUAUUCUUUUUGUAAUCCAGCCUGUGUGAUUACAUGCUAAAAUCCAGCAACUGGUCGAAUAUUACAUACUAGUAGUUUCCAGCAGUGUUUUGCUUUGCUCUGGCCUAAAUCAAGAUGCAUUUUAUGUGUGCAUACUACGCGCUACGGGCAUAAUUUACAUUAUGAACAUAGUACAGUACAUACGUACCGUACAGUACCGUACGGUACCGUAUGGUGGCGGAAAACUGAACGUCACUAGGUAUUUUUGGUUAGAGAUGAACCACAGGUACAAUUACCACGGGGAAGCAAAAUCGGAACAAACGAAAACACAUCACAUCACACAUCAUCACAGUCAGCCAUCAAAAAAACUUCGUACGGUAGCAUACUUCGUAACGUAGUAUCCUUCUGGUCAACGCUUCGUCGUUCUGUCUAUUGAAGUGUGCUGUAUUCUUGUCGCACCCAUCACCUAAUUUGUUUUAACUCUGUUGUUCCUAGACCAGAACCAAAACCCAGAACUUAGCUUAGUGCUUGGGAUUUUAAGUCGAGUUUGACACUUUGUUUACACAAGAGUCGGAAUUUAAUUGCAAAAUUUUUGAGUCGGAGCUGCGUCCAAUUGAAAACAAAAAUAAAGGAUACAAUGAAGUGGACUUUUAACAGCGUAAUGUUGUCAACGAUCCUGUUCUCGACAGCAAGACAUGCGUUGGCAUUUGUUCCUGGUGUACAACGAGCGGCAUCUCGGCAAAUGGCCACAGCAGCAGGAUCUUCGUUCGCUUCGCGUUAUUCGAUGCCCAGAUCUAGCACCCCCGCACGAUUGAUGGCUACGGUGGCCCCUGAGAAACAGGCUGCCGAGGAUAAGGAUACAGAUAUUUUCGAUGAAUUGCCGACCAACGACAACGAUAAUGACUUGCUUCGCAUUCGUCAUUCUUCCGCCCAUGUAAUGGCUAUGGCCGUCCAAAAACUAUUCCCUGAGGCGCAGGUGACCAUUGGACCAUGGAUCGACAAUGGUUUUUACUACGAUUUCUUCUUCCCAGAAACAAUCGAUCCUGAAACCGGAGAAACGAUUGAGGCUCGGAAAUUGAAUGAUCAAGAUUUGAAAAAAAUCAAGAAGCAAAUGGAUAAGAUUAUCCAAAAGGACUAUCCUAUCACCAAGGAGGAGGUUACCCGGGAGGAAGCAGAACGAAGAAUUAAGGAAUUGAACGAACCUUUCAAGCUAGAGAUUCUCGAGGGAUUGCAAGAGCCUAUCACGAUAUAUCAUAUCGGAGAUGAAUGGUGGGAUUUAUGCGCAGGACCUCACGUCGAGUCGACCAAGCAAAUCCCGAAAAAGGCAUUGGCGCUUCAAAGUGUUGCAGGCGCUUAUUGGCGAGGAGACGAAAACCGUGAAAUGCUGCAACGCAUUUACGCUACGGCCUGGAAGGACCCCACUCAACUUAAACAGUACAAGAAAAUGAUGGAAGAAGCAAAGAAAAGAGAUCACCGCAUGCUCGGGAAAAAAUUGGAUCUCUUUUCCAUUCAAGAAGAUGCCGGUGGUGGUCUAGUCUUUUGGCAUCCCAAGGGAUCCAAGGUUCGCAAGAUCAUCGAAGACUUCUGGAAGACUGCCCACGAGGAGGAUGGCUACGAUAUUAUUUACACACCACACAUUGCCAACUUAGACUUGUGGAAAACUUCUGGACAUUUCGACUUUUACGGAGAGGAUAUGUUUGAUCAAAUGGACGUUGAGAAUGAACAGUAUCAAAUCAAACCGAUGAACUGCCCUUUCCAUUGUCUAAUGUACGCUGAUGAGUUGCGAUCAUAUCGGGAUCUUCCCAUUCGGUGGGGCGAGCUAGGAACUGUAUACAGGUGUGUGCUGAUUACAUGUUGCAUUUGUUGUGUAAAGCAUGUUGGAUAUAAUUGUUGUUCUCGACUCACAACAUAAAAUUUUUACCUUCGAUUUUCUACACAAUAGAUACGAACGUUCCGGAACGCUUCACGGUCUCUUCCGUGUGCGUGGAUUCACUCAGGAUGACGCCCACGUCUUUUGUCUCCCUGAACAACUCGAAGACGAAAUCGUUAAGGUUUGCGACUUGAUCGAGACUAUUCUGACGAAAUUUGGUUUCGACAAAUAUGAGAUAAUGCUUUCUACCCGUCCCGAAAAGGCCGUCGGUUCCGACGAGAUUUGGGAUGCGGCUACGAUUGCUUUGCGAGGCGCCCUCGAGAAGAAGGGCUGGGAUUAUGGCAUUGAUGAGGGCGGCGGUGCCUUUUACGGCCCAAAAAUCGAUCUGAAGAUUCGUGAUGCCAUCGGGCGUCAGUGGCAAUGUUCGACUGUUCAGUGCGAUUUCAACUUGCCAGAACGAUUCGGAUUAGAAUACACCAGUAAGGAGGGAACCAAGGAACGGCCAAUCAUGGUCCACCGUGCUAUCUUUGGUUCUUUGGAACGUUUCUUUGGUAUCUUGACGGAAAAUUGUGCUGGAGAUUUCCCAUUCUGGAUUGCUCCCGUCCAGCUGAAAUUGCUUCCCGUUACAGAUUCUGUGCAGGAUUACUGUCACGAGAUUGCUGCGAAAGCCAAAAAAGCAGGAAUCCGAGUUGAGGUCGAUCGGGGUACGGAGCGAUUGGCCAAACAAAUCCGCAAUGCUGAACAACAACGAGUUCCAAUCAUGGCCGUUGUAGGUAAUAAGGAAGUUGAAACAAACAAGCUUGCCAUCCGCAGCCGUAAACUUGGCGACCUGGGCUCUUUUGACGUUGACGAAUUAUUGGAGGAGUUGACCACAUGUGUUGAAAAUACCGUCGAAAUGACAAAAAUGGGUGAGGUGGAAGAAAAAGAAGAGCCUGCUUCGAAAAAAUAACUUGAGUGCACAUUCAUACGCCAGUGUGCUUUAAUUCAUAGAU